AAAUUUUAUUUACACAGGAUGAUAUGUGGACUGCCAUAAGCCAAUCAUUAAAUGCUACUGGAAAUGGACCGCAAAAGCAAGGCAAAGAAUGGCAAAAGACAUGGAGGGACUGGAAAUCAAAUGUAUUAAAAAAAUGCGCCCAAAAUAAAAGUUACGCUGGCGGUACAGGCGGAGGACCACCAAAGAUUCUUAAAUUAACAGAACUAGAAGAAAAUUUAUUAGAAAUCAUAGAUCCGGAAGCAGCUGGUUUGCCUGAGAUACCUGAAGGAGGAAAUUUUAGUAGAAUUAAACAGAAAAAGUCUGCACCUAAUGAUACAAUCUCAAAAAGAUCCUCGAACGAAUCUGCUAGUUUGCUUCAGAUAUCUGAAGCAGGAAAUUUUAGUAGAAUUAGACCGAGAGAGUCUGCACUUAAUGAUACAAUUUCGAAAAGAUCUUUGAAAGAAUCUUUUUAUACAAAUGAAGGAUCAUGUAAGACUGUGCAAGAACAAAACUCAUCUAUUGCUGCGCAAAUAAAAAGAAAAUAUACUUCUAUAUUACCUACAAACAAUAAAAUGUACAAGAUAGAUGUAACUAAUAAUAAUCCAUCAACUUCUACAAACACAGAUUUUUUGGCACAGGAAAUGGAAAGCAGCAUUGUUGAUAAUAUUGAAUUUGAAGAAAUUGACAUUGAUGAAAUUAAUGCUAAUGUUAAUGUUUUGGAGGAUGAAAUUAAUGCUAAUGUUGAUGUUUUGGAGGAUGAAAAUAUAAAUACCGCAUCACAAGUGAAAGUUAUUUCUGAACGUUAUGAAACACGAAGCAAAGGUAUUAAAUAUUAUUGA